AUGCUCUGGCAACUGCGUCAUUGGAGACGGAACCGAUGCGACUCUUGGUGCUUCAUUGCCCUCAACGGAAACUUCAAGCUCACUUCACUACUCACAAACCAACAACUCACCACCGUCCAACUCAAGGCUCCCCCAACCACUUACGGGAUCCUGCAGUCAAGUCACACCCAGGUCGACUAUCACAACCUCAUCACAUCAGCCAUCAUGCAGCAGUCAAACGUCGCAAUGCUUGAGCAGCGCCCAUCUCACUUCCCGCCCUGCCCGGGCCCGCCGCCAAGUCGUCCGCUGCCGCCUCUGCCGAAAUAA